GUUAUUCUAGACUGAAUCUGAUUUCUAAUACUGCGUCUGGAGUGAAUGCUAAGACAAAGUGCUUGAUCAAAAAAGGGUGGGGAACAUGCAGUCAGGGAGCUUGUGGCAGAAACAUUUGGUAUAGUUCUUAUAGAGUACCAAACUUCCUUCCCCGUAAACCAGAGGAAGCUCCAGGAUGUCAUAUGGAUCCAUUGAUGGCAGCUCGUUUGGCAGCAGGAACCCAUUUGGUGGGCCCACAAAACAGGGCUACCAACCAGUCGCCACUCAGGUUAGCCCCACAGAGUUGCAAGAUGUGUUCCAGGAAACCUCCUCCAACAUCUUUCAGAUCAAUGCCAAUGUGGUAACUUUAGAUAAAAGCCUUCAGUCACUGGGAACAUCUAGAGACACAGCAGAGCUACGCCAGAGUCUACACUCUACACAGCAGCAAACCAAUAAAGUUAUUACAAGCACAAGCCAACUUAUCAAACAACUCUCUGACAUCAUCAGUGGCUCCUCACGGCAAGACCGUCUCCGUCUGAUGAGACUGAAGACAGAGCUGUCAGAAUCAGUGCAGCGAUAUGGAGAACUGCAGAAGAAAAUUGCAGACCGAACAAGGGCCUUGCUUCCUCCAGCAAAGAAAGACAGAAAACAGAGCCCGCAGACACAGUUCACUGAGCUAUAUGAGGAAGACCCGCUGUUUGGGGCAGCAGAGUCUGUUCAAGGAGACGGGCAGCAGGCGUUCCUGUCUGAGAUCACUGAGGAAGACAUGGAGCUACUGCACCAGAGAGAAGAGGCCCUGCUGCAGAUAGAGAGAGAUAUGCUGGACGUGAGCCAGGUUAUGAAGGACUUGGCCAGCAUGGUGCAUGAACAAGGUGACACAAUAGACAGCAUUGAGGACUACAUUCAGACCACCACCUCACAUGUGGAAACUGCUAAUCAGGAGCUUGCAAAGGCCAGCCAUCAUCAGAGGCAGCUGAGAAGGAGGAAGUGCUAUCUGCUCAUAGCUGGGUCUUUCAUUUUGACUCUUCUGAUCAUCAUCAUCAUUGUGUCAGUCAGGAAAUGAGAGCAGUAGAUCUGAGUUCCUGCACUGCUUCAAUCUCUCCAGCAUUCCUCAGGCCAUACGCUCUGUCACACCUCCUGUCUCUCUCCUGGUUUUGGGAAUCUGUGUGUGUGUGUGUGUGUGUGUGUGUGUGUGUGUGUGUGUGUGUGUGUGGUAUAUUAGUUGAUUAUAGUGCUUUCAAUUAGCUCUGUACUGUACUGUGUUAUUAAUGCUCCUUGCCAUUUGAAACUGAGCUCAAAUCAAAGAACAUACUGCAAAUGGACCUGAGGCUUCACUGCACUUUUCAUGAACAAAUUAGAUUUUUUUUUAGAUGUUUAUUAUUUGUACUUGUAGGGACUGCAGCUAAAUAGUAAUGUGAUAGCAUUCAUUUCCUAGAGCACAAAAUAUCUUAUAUAUGGUAACAAUAAGUCAAAUACUUAUUUUGGAAAUAACAGAUUUAGCUUUGAGCAGGGAUUUUUGCUAAUAUGUGUGUAUCUGUAUCAUA